UUUGUAGCGUUUGUAAACGAGCAGUGAAGGACUAAACAGUAAUGAGACAAGUUAUAGUAACGUUAUCGUUAUGCUUUGCACUUGCUUUUGGACAAAGGGGCGGGCGUCGCCCCCAGUUGCUCGGCGAGAACGAUGGCUCUUUUGAUGUAAAAAUCUACAAUGGAGAUGAUGCUGUAGAAGGAGAAUUCCCGUUCAUGGUACGAGUCCUACAUGGUGGCCAGUAUGGUUGCGGCGGAGCCCUUAUCUCAAAGGAUAUGGUGAUAACAGCAGCGCACUGUGCGGUAGAUGAUAGCGGGGGCGCUCUUAAACCUUCCGAUUUUACUUUGACUGCAGGGGAACACAAACUGUACGAUUUCAGCAUCAACGAGCAGGUUCUAGAAGUGACUGAGGUCAUCGUCCAUCCGAAGUACAAUCCAUCAACUUUAGAACAUGACAUAGCUCUGUUGAGGAUAAAGCUUUUUGAUGGUGCUGACGGUAAGAUAAGCGCUAUCAACCUGCCUACAGAAGAAUUGAAAGAGGAGCUGUACCGAGUUGGAAAUGAUAUAACGAUCAUUGGAUGGGGAGGAACGGAGAAAACAGAUUCUUCCAACACUCUUCAAAAAUUGACCUACAACAUUGCAAGCAGAGAAGAUUGCAUUGCGUACUGGGGUCAAACUUUACAUGACAGUAACAUGUGUACCAACAUGAAGGACAAGCCAUUGACCAGCCAUUCCUGGGCGGGUGAUUCAGGUGGUCCACUCUUCUCAAAGUACCAAGACAAAUUGUAUAUACUGGGGUUGGUCAGCUUUGGAGUUAGCACCCCGCAAACAGAUACUCUUGAUGUCAAUACGGAUGUGUCAUAUUACUUGGGAUGGAUCAAGAGACAUUACGGGGAAUAUGACAAUGAAGAUGACAAGGAAGAUGACAAGGAAGAUGACAAGGAAGAUGACAAGGAAGAUGACAAGGAAGAUGACAAGGAAGAUGACAAAGAAGAUGACAAGGAAGAUGACAAGGAAGAUGACAAAGAAGAUGACAAGGAAGAUGACAAGGAAGAUGACAAGGAAGAUGACAAGGAAGAUGACAAGGAAGAUGACAAGGAAGAUGACAAGGAAGAUGACAAGGAAGAUGACAAGGAAGAUGACAAGGAAGAUGACAAGGAAGAAGAUGGAGACAAAACGGGUUACACACUAAAGUUGAAAGGAGGUAACGGACCAAACGAAGGUAUAAUUGUUAUUGGUCAAAAGAUGAAAUAUUCUGCAAUCUGCAAUGAUAGAUUUACCAAUAUGAACGCAAUGGCCGUUUGUAAGCAUCUUGGCUUCAAGUAUGGCAAGAUCAGAUGGGCAUAUGACUUCAUGAUCAACGAAGAUGUUGCUGAAUCAAUCUCCUCCUUCUCCUACACAAAUGUUGCCUGUCCUGCUGACGCUUCAGACUUUUUCAAGGAUUGCACAAUGGACAAGUACAUGCCAUCAACAGCAAGUGUUCCCUGUUUUUACGGUGAGCAAGCCGCCGUGUCCUGCUCCAAUGAUGUGUUCCGGUUUGAAGUGGAAGCAGCUGCCAUGAAAGUGUCACUCAAGAAAAAGGGAUCCGUCAUGAAAGUCAAGUCGGUGUGUAAAGUUGCUGCAGAGAAGUUAGGAGAAGAGAUCUGGCUCGCACGGGAGGUGAACACAGUAAUAAUGAACGUGUCAUCAGAUGGAAAAGUGACCCAAUUCUCUGGCAAGCUAAAGUACAACAGGAAGAGAGGAGUAUUCUACAAGAACUUUGUGAAUAAGGUUGACCCGGAGUCUGUUAAGGACAACACUUGCUUAGUCUGCCUUGCUCGUCUGAACGGAGCCCCUCUUGUGUCUGCUGUCAAAGUCUCUGAUGUUUGCUCUGGAGAUGCUGAUGAGGCAGAGGCUGCUGUAAAACUGUGGCGGAAGUGUAAGCUAGUAAUCUCAUAUGGACGUUAAAACUGAACAUAAUUAUUGUAGACAGUUCAAUUUGAAUAUUUGUUGUUUAAAGAAACAGUCUUAAUUCCAUAACGUAUUAGAAUGCAUCGUAGAUAUUUUAAAAACUUUUAUCAGUGAUCAUUUCAAAAUAAAGAACAAAUAUAUUUCCCACAGUUUAGGUGACUUGAAAAUCAAUUUAAAUGACUAAAAUAGUUAGUUGUAAAUUGCUCUAACGUGACACAGAGGUAUAUUACAUUUACAUAUUAUAUAUAUUUGAGAUAACUUUAUAGUUAAUUUUAUUAUAUUGUUAUAUAUUGCUGUAUCAAAAUGAAUUACAUUU